AUGAUCCCAGAGCCGCCCCCAAUCCAACCCCCCAAGUCCUACGAGGCCCUCUCCCUCACCCACACCAAAGUAACCCACCACCCCCCAGGCGCCCCCGAAGCGACCCCCGUCGUGGUCGUCACGCUCAACCGCCCCGACAAACACAAUGCCUUCACCCUGGAGAUGAUGGCCGACUUUGAGACCAUCUACCCGAUGUUCGACGUCGACGAGCGCGUCAAGGUCGUGGUCCUCACAGGCGCAGGCAAGAUCUUUUGCGCGGGUGCUGACCUCGAACGGGGUUUCAAAGGCAUGGUAAAAGAGCGAACCGUCGACCACCGCGACACGGGCGGCCGUCUCGCCCUCACCAUCUACCGCUGCCGCAAACCCACCAUCGCAGCCAUGCAAGGCUCCGCCGUCGGCCUAGGCAUGACCAUGACUCUCCCCGCCGCAAUCCGCAUCGGCUGCUCCCGCGCCAAAUACGGCUUCGUCUUUCCUCGUCGUGGCCUGACCAUGGAGUCGAGCUCGUCGUUUUUCCUCCCCCGUUUGAUCGGCUAUUCUAAUGCGACCUACCUCCUCACCACCGCCGGCAUAUUUCCCCCGACGUCUCCGCACUUCGGCUCCCUCUUCCAUGAGACGUAUGCCGAGCCGGCUAAGGUCGUCGAGCGGGCCUUGGAGCUUGCUACUGACAUUGCGGAGAAUGUCAGUCCGAUGGCGGGGUAUUUGAGUCGCAUGCUUAUGUGGAGGGGUCCGACCAGUGCGGAGGAGUCGCAUUUGGUGGAUUCGGCGGUGUUGUAUCAUAUGUUUUCGGGGAGGGACCAGGUCGAAGGCGUCAAGGCCUUUUUCGAGAAGAGAAAACCUAACUUCAAGGCUACGCUGGAGCAGGAUGCACCGCCGAACUUUCCAUGGUGGACUGAGGUUGAUACGGGACGACGUUCGCAUGCUGGAAAGGCUAAGCUGUAA